AUCCGUUAUUCCUUUAUUAUGGAGUGAUGUCUUUAGCAGUAACAUCCCAUCUGAUAAAAAAACAAAAGUUAUUCCCACCUAUGUAAAAUGUCUCUCAAAAAUUCAAAAACAGAUUUUGAUAAACAACAAUAUAACCCUUCAAGAAGACCUCAUACCAGCUCUGUUUGACUAUCCAAAGUAUCUAAGGUUUUUGAGUUGCUGUUAUUUUGAUAAUGCAUUAUAUUAUUGGUGCAAGGCGACCAUUAAACCUGAUACUGAUAAUACAGAAUUUCAAAACGCAUUGCACAUUUGCAGUCAAAUAAUUAGUCAAUAUAUAUUAAGCCAUUCUGUUGGUUUAUAUUCAUUAUUCCUAAGUCCCCAUGGUAAUGAAGGAAAAUGUAUUAUGCGCUCUCUCCCAGAUACAUGUGAGGAAGGAAUUUGUCGUACUUUUUCGAAAUUAACCGAGUUGCAUAUUGAAAAUUGGUUUCCAAUAACAGCACAAAAUAUACCAAUUAUUUUAUUACUUUUUGAGAAAUUAUCUUUAUAUUCUCAUAAUAUCCAAAAACUUAUUAUUAUAUUAAACCAGAAUGGUGAUCCAGCUCAUAAACUAGAAGUAUUCGAAUAUUUAUCUUUGUUGAUUAAUUCUCAGUAUAAACUUCAAUCGUUCACUAUUACUUUUCCUUAUAGUCCAAAUUCACAAUCUCCUUUAUUUUUUCCUGCUCUUUCAAGUCAAGUUGAUUCUUUAAGAUAUCUAGAAAUAAUCAAAUUCUUUGAUAUCCCUCUUUUAAUUCCUUACUUACCAUCUUUUAAUUUAGAAACACUGAAUCUUAUUUUUUAUUAUGUACCUUCACAAUUUGAGCCAAGUUUUCUACCAUUUUUACCAUCAGGGACCCAAUUUCGAAUCAAAAAUCUAAUUAUUUCUGGAACUCAUUAUCCUAUGCUCUAUCCAUCCUUUUCCCUAAUUGUUAAAAUGUCGGGAUCGAAUCUAGAAAGGAUAUCUAUUAAAGUUUGUGAUGAAACCUUCAAAAAUGCAAUUGGAGAAUAUUGUCCCAACCUUACAUCCUUAUCAAUAAUGACUGAUUACACAACAUUCGAACACUUUUUAAAGGCUCUUUCAAAAUUAAAAAAACUUAAAUACUUGGAUGUGGAAAAACAAAUAAAUGAUAUUCAACUUACCAAAGAAAUGGUUUUAGAAUUUGCAAGAACGAUUCCUAAUACUCUUGAAGAACUGAAUUUUAAUUUGGCAAUUAAUCAAGAACAUUUCAAUGAAUUUCUUAAAGAACUUAAAGCUUCUUUGUCGAAAUUAACUAUUCAUUUGAGUGAUUUAAAUAAUGAAACAUUAAACUUUAUAGUUAAUUAUGCUGUUAGAACUGGAAAAUUGAAAGAAUUAUGUUUUGAUGCUGUUAGCAGAUUAACAGAAGAAGCUUUAUCGAAAGCAAAAGAUGUUAUACCAAUCAUUAUAGAUAUUACUGAGGAUGAAGAUGAUAUGG